AUGGCUGCUUAUUCUUCUUUUCAUUUCCUUCUAAUAAACUUUCUCUAUGGCUUUCAGCUUUCAAUUUCCAGCACAUUAUUUUUUAAACUGGUCUUAAGUAUUCACCUCUCAGCUUGGUUGAGGCUCCUUUUUCUUAUAAUCUUUCCGGUAGUGGCCCUCCUGCUCUUCUAUCUUUAUUUUUUCUCCCUUCUCUUCAUCCUGUUUCUCUUUCCUUCAUUUUCUUCAGUUUUCCUUCUCUCUCUGUUUAACUUAAUUUAUCUAUCUCAAUCAAUCUUCACUUACUCACUCUCUCUCUUCCUAACUUCUUCUCUUCCUCUUCUCUUUUGGGUUCUCUAUCUACCAUCAAUCACUCCUCAUCCCUCCAUUCUAAGUCCUUCUAUCUCUUCACCUUUUAGGGUGUCAGUGCUCUUUCCUUUUAUGUCUUCUCUCUUCAUUUUUAUUUCCAUCUUUUCAUCCAUUUCUGGUAUUAUCUCACAUCAUUCUGUAACUUCUCCCUUUUCUUUUUUUCUAACUCUUUAUUUUUUUCAUUCAAGUAGAUGUAUUUUAUAUUUAUCUUUUUCUCUGCCCUACUGCCAUUUCUCUAGAAAUCUUUCAGUUUCUCUCCUUUUCCUUCCACUUAUCUCUCACUUCUUUCUAAUUGUUCCUCUUUCUCUAUAUCCACAUUUUUCAUCACACUCUCUCCAUAAUCUCCUCCUCCUUUCUGUAUUUUUUCUUUCACUUUCUUUCUCUUUACACAUAUAUAUUUUUUCAUUAUCUUUCUUUGUUUAUUUCAUUUAA